GUCGUUGCCAGGGUUUCCGUGUACGCGCGGCACGAGCGGAGACGCGCAGCUCUACUCGAGUCAAAUCCGUGAACAGCCAGACAUGGCGGCGGAUCUAAACCCGGAGUGGAUCUCCUGUCUACCUUCUUCAUGGAGUUAUGGGGUUACUCGGGACGGACGUACUUUCUUCAUCAAUGAAGAAGCAAAGAGUACAACCUGGCUGCAUCCAGUCACUGGUGAAGCAGUCAUCACAGGACAUCGGAAAACUCCAGAUUUACCAACUGGAUGGGAGGAGGGAUUUACAUUCGAAGGAGCCCGAUGCUUCAUCAACCACAAUGAGCGCAAGGUGACCUGCAAGCACCCGGUCACAGGCACCCCGUCUCAAGACAACUGCAUCUUUGUCGUCAACGAACAGCCCACUCCCAAUCAGCAGGCGAAUGAGAAGAAGGAGCGUCCAGUGAGCACCAUGAGUGAGACGUCCAACUACACUGGGGGCUCGGGAGACUACGCCCCCUACCCCAACAGCCCCGCCGGCUCACAGAGACCAUCCAGACCUUCUAAAAAGAUCCAUAAUUUUGGCAAAAGGUCCAACUCCAUCAAGAGAAACCCAAAUGCCCCCAUCAUUAAAAGCAACUGGCUUUACAAACAGGACAGCACAGGCAUGAAGCUGUGGAAGAAGAGGUGGUUUGUGCUGUCAGACAUGUGCCUGUUCUACUACAGAGAUGAGAAGGAGGAAGGAAUUCUUGGCAGCAUUCUUCUGCCCAGUUUUCAUAUUUCUCUGUUGUCGGUGGAUGACCACAUCAACAGAAAGUACGCCUUCAAGGCGACACACCCAAAUAUGCGCACAUACUACUUCUGCACUGACACAGCCAAAGAGAUGGAGUCCUGGAUGCAGGUGAUGACCGAUGCAGCGCUCGUGCACACUGACCCUGUCAAGAGGCUGGAUCGGCUCAAGGUUGAGCAGUGUGGACCGCAGGAGGUGCUGAACAAUGGGCCCAACCACCAUCACCACCCAUACCCACAUCACCCACAGCAGCAGCAGCAACAACAGCAACAGCAACAGCCCCAACCACAGCCCCAAUCCCAGUCCCAGAAGCCCCAUCCCCACUCCAAAUCUCAGCAGCCCCAACACCAACACCACCCCCAGUCCCAGCCCCAGCCCCUACCUCAGCCAGCCCAGCCAGCCCAGCCAGAUCACCCCCACCCCCAGCAGCAGCAGCAGCAGCAGCAGCAACAGCAGCAGCAGCAGCCGCCCCCAGCAACAGCCACCAAGGAGCCACCAGCCCAGCAGCAGCAGCAGCAGACCUUGGCCCCUCCGCCACCACAGCAGGGCUCCGAGCACGGCAGCUCGGGGGGAGAGAGCCUGGAGCGGGUACGCAAACACACUCCUCCGCCUCCUCAGGAGGAGAUGGAGCGGCGGAGGCGAGACGCCGAGCGCUACGGCUUCCAGACGGUGGACGGCAGCGGCGACCACUACCAGGAGCGGCCGCUCACCAAGAUCACCGGCGCCCGCAUGCAGCCACCGCACUACCAGCAGCCCCCCCCGGCUAACGGGGGACCGCACCAUCAUCACCACCCACACCACCCCCAACCCCCGGCCAGCCCCGCACAGUUCAACGGAGGAGGCACCCCCACCGCCGGCAUGGGUGGAGGAGGGGACUGUGGCAGCCCCGCCACGGAGAUGGGCAACGGGCCUGGCAUGAUGUCGCGCUGCCAGACUCCCAUGCCGGAGCCUCAGAGGGCGCUGCAGAGGACCAACUCCAUGCAGCAGCUGGAGCAGUGGGUGCGGCUGCAGAAGGGACGUUGCCAGGACGACGACACACGCAGCAUCUCCUCCUACCAGACCCUGCCCAGGAACAUGCCAAGCCACCGGCCGCCAGUCGCCAUGCCCAUGUACGCCGACGGCUACCGCACGCUGCCCCGCAACAGCAUGGCGCGGCCAGACAGCGUCUGCAGCAUCUCGCCGUCCAUCUACGACCGCGUGCUGGGGCCUGGCGCUCCUCCUUCCGCCGCCGCCGCGGCAGCCGGGGGUGGCAUGGACAAGCGGCGCUCCAUGCGGGACGACACUCUGUGGCAGCUGUACGAGUGGCAGCAGCGGCAGGCGUACACGCGGCACCCGCAGCCGCCGCCUCCCCACCCGGGCUACGGCGGCGGCAUGCCCAGCCCCAAGACCAUGAUCAACCUGUCGGCGCACACGGGGCCCUCCAUCCCCCCCUCCCCCUCCCACGGCUCCAUCUACCAGGGCGGAUACUCGCCGCUGCACGCCUACAACGCCGGGGGCACACGCUCGGAGCUCUCCUCGCCCGUCUAUGCACGUGGAGACCUCAGUAUUGAUAGGCGUGUACGGAGCCAGAUGGCCAAGUAUGGUUAUCCACCCGCACCCGAUCGUAGGUCCAUGCCAACAGGAAUCCCGAUUCAGACGAUUACCCCUCAGUCACUGCAAGGGAAAACUCCGGAGGAGCUGACCCUGCUGCUGAUCAAACUGAGGCGGCAGCAGGCGGAGCUCACCAACAUCCGGGAGCACACGCUAGCGCAGCUCAUGCAGUUCACCCUCGAAGCCGACAACCCAAAGAGUGACAUUUUGUCACACCACCUCCAAAGGAACCUCAUGUAUCUGGAUGACCAGAUGAGCCCGGAUGACUACAGAGAACAUGCCUAUAUGUGCAGGCCUGAAGAGCAUGACAUUGAUAGCAAGCUGAGCAGACUGUGUGAACAGGACAAGGUGGUUCGCGCCCAAGACGAGAAACUGCAGCAACUGCAUCGAGAAAAGCACACCCUGGAGACGGCGUUGCUGUCGGCCAGUCAGGAGAUUGAGAUGAGCGGUGACGACGCGGCGGCGAUGCAGAGCGUGGUACAGCAGAGAGACCUGCUACAGAGCGGCCUGCUCAGCACCUGCAGAGAACUGCAGCGCAUCAACGCCGAGAUGGAGCGGUCGUUGCGGGAGUAUGACAGAAUGGAGGCCGAUGUCAACAUGGCCAGGAGCAACCUGCUGGAACAACUGGAGGCCCUGGGAAGCCCUCAGACGGAGCCUCCCAGUCAGCAGCACGUCCUCAUCCAGAAGGAGCUCUGGAGGAUCCAGGACGUGAUGGAGGCACUCAGCAAGAACCGGCCGCAGAGGAACACAGACGGCACAGGUUUCUUCACCUCUACGCCCAUCUCCAACCGUCAGAAGAGUGAGGGUCCUGACUACCGUCUCUACAAGAGUGAGCCGGAGUUGACCACGGUAGCGGAGGUGGACGAGAACGGAGAGGACCGCUCUGAACGCUCCGAACACAGGGACGACCGGGACGGCUCCGGGGCCAGAGGCUACCCGGUGGGAAUCGUGCCCCCCAGGACCAAGUCGCCCAUGCCUGAGUCCUCCUCUAUAGCAUCCUACGUCACCCUGAGGAAGAACAAGAAGCCCGACCCCAGAGCGGAGCUUUUACUGCAGAGUGAGACCACAGAAGGGGAGCGUCCGCGUAGUGCGGUAGAGCAGCUGUGUGCGACGGCACCAUCACCGUCGGCGACAGCAUCACCGGACUCCAGCAGCCGUCCGCGCAUGAGCGUUGAGGAGCAGAUGGAGCGUAUCCGGCGGCACCAGCAGGGGGCGCUGAGGGAGAAGAAGAAGAACCUAGCCGUGCUGGGAGGAGGCAGCGGCAGCUCCGUGAGCCAGGACAACUCCCCCUCGCGCAGCCCCUCCUUCAACAAGGAGAACCCCUUCCGCGCCAUGCUCGCACGGCAGCCUUCCCAGACGCGGCAUCAGCGUGACGAGGGUUUCUGCACGGACCUGCAGGAGCUGGAGGCGUCCCUGAGGGAGCAGGAGGUGGUGGAGGAUCACAUCAGCCCGGCCGAGGAGAUCGCACGCCUCAAGGAGGCCCAGGUGGACCCAGAGCACUUCAACAUGGACCGCGAGCUGUCUAAGCCAGAGAAGGUGGUGAUCCCGGAGCGCUACAUGGAGGCCGACACUGAGGAGGUGCUGAGCCCCGAGCAGGAGGCCGAUAAGAGGAAGAAGGUCGACCGCAUCAAGGCUCUCAUAGCCAAAAACAGCAUGCAGAACAUCGGCGUGGCCCUGAACACGGAGGAGGUGACGGAGGAGGACGGCUCGACCCAGACGCAGGAGAAGAUCAUCAACAUCUCCUACGAGCUCGCAGCCGAGGCCUCCAAACGCUCCAAAAUCGUGGCUGCCAAAAGUCUCCCAUCCUCCCCCCAGUCCCCCGUGCCCCCCACAUCACACAACCCCCUGCAGCUCACUGACGGGACGCACUUCAUGUGUGUGUAGUGCCAUAGCCCACACACAAGCCCUGGCCUCGGUGAAAACCUACACAUAAGACUCGGUGACUCGGAGAGUGACCUCCCGACAGCACACGGCGUCCUGGCCGAGCCAGACGGCUCCUCUGCAGGGACCUAUACUAAGAGGCUGGUUCAGGAGUAAACCAGGUUAAGUUGAGAAGUAGAUCAUCUAACAGAAGAGCCUGGAGUCCUCGUGUUCCUUAGAGAAUGAGAACUCCAGGCUCUCCUAUUAGAUGGUACCAGCUUCUUAGUAUAGCCCUUUGGUGACACGGAGAAUGACUUCCCAACAGCACACGGUGUCCAGGCCAGCCAGGCGGCUCCUCUCCUCUCCAGGCUUUAUGAAAACGAAACGACUCCAAAAAAACAAGAAGAACCAUUUCUGCACUGUGACACCACUUAACUCCCUCUAUGUCACCACCUUGUCCCUUUCUUAUGGCGGUGUAGAUGUUUAUAUUCCUUUCACCAGUGCAUCAGGCCUUAUGGACACAUACACACACACACACACACACACACACACACACACACACACACACACACACACACACACACACACACACACACACACACACACGGCACUUGCCAUGCAGACAGACUGGGGACAUAUUCCAUCAGUGUUGCUGGUGGUGGUGCUUCAUACUGGACACAUCAAACUGAACCCCGUUCAAUGCCAACGUCCGCUACUAAAAGAGGACCGGACUGGAUGCUUUUCAGAAAUGGAGCAACUUUGGACUCUAUGUUUUUAAAUGGUUUCAUUACGUUCUGUUCUUAAGUUAUUUUGGAUUUUUUUAAUGACACAUUUAACCCGUUUUUAUCAUUUUUAAUCCCAUAUAUUUUACAGUACACAACACUGCAAUCUACAGUAUUUAAAUGCAUAAACCCUAUUGUUUUAUAUGUAUAGAUAUAUAGAGUAUACAUCAGCUGAUUUACUAAUCCAUAUGCUGCCUCUUUAUCGCUGCCUUUAGAGAGAGUAUUUUUCCUCCCUGAGACACAAUUAUUUAUGUCUAAAAACGGCUUGCAGUUCAUGUCAGAGUUGCCGACACACACAUGAAUGUUCUGGCUUUAAAUAUGCUUCAUGUCUUUUCCCCUGCUCCCUGCCUUCUUUCGUGCUUUCUUUUUAAAAAGGAUAUUUAAAUAGACAUGUUGUUUUUUUUUCCUGGAAUUCAAUUUAUUUUCCUGGUUGGUUUGGAAUUCUGGACAUAGAGAAGGGACUAGCACAUGUAAAAUAAGCAAUAAGUAAAAGUUUGUAAUUGCAGGAUUGCAGAGUAUUUUUUUGUAUAAAAUGUAAUUAUUAUAAAAGAGGAUCCUUGUGUAUAUACUGUACACAGAAGAGUGAACAGAGCUGGUGUAUAGGAGACCACUAACUGGAGUCAGUAUGCAAAUGUUCAUAUCCCAUCUGAUUUCUAUCAUGUUAAAUAAAUGUUGAUGUUCUUA